CGGAGGCCGGCGGGACGGAGCGGCCAGGGCUCGGGCGGCCUGCUGGGCGGCGCGCUGCGGCAAGCCCAGGCAGGCAGUGUCCAUGGAGCAACAGGAAUGCCAGGACCCAGCCCAGACAGACGUGGGCCAGCCUCAGCCGCGACAACCGACCCGCAGAUAGCACAGCCGGCCGCAGGGGUGAACCAUGAUCCCGGUGACGGAGCUCCGCUACUUCGCGGACACACAGCCGGCAUACCGGAUCCUGAAGCCUUGGUGGGACGUGUUCACCGACUAUAUAUCCAUCGUCAUGUUGAUGAUUGCUGUCUUUGGAGGGACGUUGCAGGUGACGCAGGACAAGAUGAUCUGCCUGCCCUGUAAGUGGGUCACCAAGGACUCCUGCAAUGACUCCUUCCGGAGUUGGGCGGCCCCCAGCCCAGAGCCCGCCUACCCCAAUUCCACGAUCGCGCCAACCCCUGACACAGGCCCCACAGGCAUCAAGUACGACCUGGACCGGCACCAGUACAACUAUGUGGAUGCUGUGUGCUACGAAAACAGGCUUCACUGGUUCGCCAAGUACUUCCCAUACCUGGUACUCCUGCACACGCUCAUCUUCCUGGCCUGCAGCAACUUCUGGUUCAAGUUCCCGCGCACCAGCUCAAAGCUGGAGCACUUUGUGUCCAUCCUGCUCAAGUGCUUCGACUCGCCCUGGACCACAAGGGCCCUGUCGGAGACGGUGGUGGAGGAAAGCGACCCCAAGCCAGCCUUCAGCAAGAUGAAUGGCUCCGCCGACAAGAAGUCAUCGACUGUGAGUGAGGACGUGGAGGCCACCGUGCCAAUGCUGCAGCGCACCAAGUCGCGGAUCGAGCAGGGCAUCGUGGACCGCUCGGAGACGGGCGUGCUGGACAAGAAGGAGGGCGAGCAGGCCAAGGCGCUGUUCGAGAAAGUCAAGAAGUUCCGGACUCACGUGGAGGAGGGCGACAUCGUUUACCGCCUGUACAUGCGGCAGACCAUCAUCAAGGUCAUCAAGUUCAUCCUCAUCAUCUGCUACACCGUCUACUACGUGCACAACAUCAAGUUCGACGUGGACUGCACGGUGGACAUCGAGAGUCUGACAGGCUACCGCACCUACCGCUGCGCCCACCCGCUGGCCACGCUCUUCAAGAUCCUGGCGUCCUUCUACAUCAGCCUGGUCAUCUCCUACGGCCUCAUCUGCAUGUACACGCUGUGGUGGAUGCUGCGGCGCUCGCUCAAGAAGUACUCCUUCGAGUCGAUCCGCGAGGAGAGCAGCUACAGCGACAUCCCUGACGUCAAGAACGACUUCGCUUUCAUGCUGCACCUCAUCGACCAGUACGACCCGCUCUACUCGAAGCGCUUCGCCGUCUUCCUGUCGGAGGUGAGCGAGAACAAGCUGCGCCAGUUGAACCUCAACAACGAGUGGACUCUGGACAAGCUGCGGCAGCGGCUCACCAAGAACGCGCAGGACAAGCUGGAGCUGCACCUGUUCAUGCUGAGCGGCAUCCCGGACACCGUGUUCGACCUGGCCGAGCUGGAGGUGCUAAAGCUGGAGCUGAUCCCGGACGUGACCAUCCCGCCCAGCAUCGCCCAGCUCACGGGCCUCAAGGAGCUGUGGCUGUACCACACGGCAGCCAAGAUCGAGGCUCCGGCCCUGGCCUUCCUGCGCGAGCACCUGCGGGCGCUGCACAUCAAAUUCACAGACAUCAAGGAGAUCCCGCUGUGGAUCUACAGCCUGAAGACGCUGGAGGAGCUGCACCUGACAGGCAACCUGAGCGCCGAGAACAACCGUUACAUCGUCAUCGACGGCCUGCGCGAGCUGAAGCGCCUCAAGGUGCUGCGGCUCAAGAGCAACCUGAGCAAGCUGCCGCAGGUGGUGACGGACGUGGGCGUGCACCUGCAGAAGCUCUCCAUCAACAACGAGGGCACCAAGCUCAUUGUGCUCAACAGCCUCAAGAAGAUGGUGAACCUGACGGAGCUGGAGCUGAUCCGCUGCGACCUGGAGCGCAUCCCGCACUCCAUCUUCAGCCUCCACAACCUGCAGGAGAUCGACCUCAAGGACAACAACCUCAAGACCAUCGAGGAGAUCAUCAGCUUCCAGCACCUGCACCGCCUCACCUGCCUGAAGCUCUGGUACAACCACAUCGCCUACAUCCCCAUCCAGGUCGGCAACCUCACCAACCUCGAGCGCCUCUACCUGAACCGGAACAAGAUCGACAAGAUCCCCACGCAGCUCUUCUACUGCCGCAAGCUGCGCCACCUGGACCUCAGUCACAACAACCUGACCUUCCUCCCCGCCGACAUCGGCCUGCUGCAGAGCCUGCAGAACCUGGCUGUCACCGCCAACCGCAUCGAGGCGCUUCCCCCGGAGCUGUUCCAGUGCCGGAAGUUGCGGGCGCUGCACCUAGGCAACAACGUCCUGCAGUCACUGCCCUCACGGGUGGGCGAGCUGACCAACCUGACGCAGAUCGAGCUGCGGGGAAACCGGCUCGAGUGCCUGCCUGUGGAGCUGGGCGAGUGCCCGCUGCUCAAGCGCAGUGGCCUGGUGGUGGAGGAGGACCUGUUCAACACGCUGCCACCCGAGGUCAAGGAGCGGCUCUGGAGGGCGGACAAGGAGCAGGCCUGAGCCCCUGCAGCCCCGCAGGACUCGGUCACGGGCUCGGGCCGGGCAGCCAGGCCCCGAUGGCUGUCGGACAGGCUCCCGGAUACCCAGAGGACAGGAUGUGAGGGGCUGGGCCCUUUGCUCCCUGUGAGACUCAUGCCCCCCACCCCCACCUCAGGGCAGGCGCUAGCUGGGAGCCCAGAGAUCUGAUCAGACUGUCAGUAUUGGGACAAUCAGGCCCCCCCCCCCCCAGCUCAGCGUAUUUAUUUUUGUCCACCUCCCAGUGUGUUGUCGCCCUCCGGUAACUUGUACAUUCCCGAGACAGUUGAGCUCCCACGCGUGGGCUGUUUCCCUUUCCCCACCGGGGCAGCGUCACGGGCUGCAGGUGGAUGUCCCCUCCCCAACACACACCCCCUGUGGAAAGGCUGGGGCUGGCCUCAUAGAGGUUUUG